CGCCAACCAGCAGCGCAUGAGUGGAGACAUGAGCCUCGGUGAAUCUUCCGACUUCCUGAACUUGGAUUUAUCGUCUUCGCUGCUAGGAUCUGACGAUCUGCAGGGAGAUGGUAGUUCCGGUCUCAACGGUGACGCAAUGAAGAAUGGAGGCAACGAUCCUGCGCACCUGGCGGGUACAAAGCGGACGCUUACACAGUCUCAGCAGCAGAUGGCGGCAGCAGCAAAUGCUGCCGCUUUCAAGCGCACAAAGGUAGGAGGAGCUGCCGGCCAGGCUGGCGGUCAGCCGGGUGCUGCCCCGAACCAGCAACACCCCGGCAACUCAACAUCAGGACCUCAAGCUUCACAGCCCUCGCAGACAUCGAUGCAGAAGCCCGUGACAAGUACUAGUGGCUCUUCAAAGACCCCACCUAUGAGUACGGUGAAUGCCAAGUAACACUCUACCCACUAUAAGCGAAGGUCGACAUUCUGGAGUCGGUGGCAGCGAGCAACGACGCAAUGGAGAGAGGCAUGGACGGAAAGUAUCAGAAAAGCAAGCGGAGCACCGAGGAGGCCCCGUUGGCGAACUUGGGCCACGGGAAGCCUGAGGGGAGUGGCGGGGCGUGUGUAUGUAUGCUGCAAACCUGGCCAUUUUCCUGAUCUGGUGCGUAGCGGACGAAGCAGAGCUGACCUUGCUGGUUAGUGGUGGUGGCGAACGAACGAGUA